GAUUUUUGUGUAAUCCCAUCUAGAUUUUCUUUCUGAUUAGGGUUCGUGUCUUCAUAUUAUUAUUACCUUCACAUUGAAACAAUUGCUCUUUGAGUUUUGGUUUAAAAAAAAAAAUGUUUGGCUGCGAAGAAAAGUGAAUGAAGUUCAAUUUCCUUCUAAUUAAUUAUCGUUAUCAUUAUUUUUCCAGUUCUUCUGAGCUUUGAAUUAAUUCUUUGUACCCCAAUUUUAAUUUUUUUUGUUUAUUUAUAUGAAAUCAGCACUGUACCUCCUAAGCGAUUACAGUGUUACCCCAUUAUUGGACUAGGAAUUUCAAAUCUGUAGCUGAGAAAAAAAAACACAAAAAAAAAAUUAAAAGGCAAACGAAGAGAGUGAAAAUGGCAGCUCCUUCUUCAUCUUCAUUGUUGUCGAAGGUGGGACCAGCCUUCAAACGCCAAGCCCUGAGCAUAACGGACGCCGCCGCCGCUAGAAUACGCCACCUUCUUCAACAGCGCCAGCGCCCUUUUCUUCGGCUCGGCGUCAAGGCUCGCGGCUGCAAUGGCUUAUCCUACACCCUCAAUUAUGCUGAUGAGAAAGGUAAGUUUGAUGAGUUAGUCGAAGACAAAGGUGUGAAGAUAUUGAUUGAUCCAAAGGCCCUAAUGCAUGUUAUUGGAACGAAGAUGGAUUUUGUUGACGACAAGCUUAGGUCUGAGUUUAUUUUUAUCAAUCCAAAUUCAAAAGGCCAGUGUGGUUGUGGAGAGUCCUUUAUGACAACAAGUAGUUCGGCUGCUACUAAGCAAGGAGGUAGGUAAGUAUCAUAACAAACUCACUGUUGAAUCAUAGCCCCUGGUAGUCUUGUACAUCUUGGAAAUUGAAGGACCACACUGGGAAUUACUGAAAUUGUUGUCAAAAGUACGUACUGGUUAAAUUGAUGUCGAAGCAGAGUAUGGAGUUUUAUAACUUUUAUUGUUAUUUUUCUCAGUUUUUUUGUUUUUUUUUAAAUAUAUUCUAUAUUUAUUUAUAUAAAUUAGAAGUUAUAGAAAUAUUGUUUUGUCUUCUGGUGAGCGCCUGCCAGUGUAAUUCAACAUCUUUUGCCAUUAGGGCAUCUCUAA